AUGGAGGCGCAUCUGAGAGUUGUUGGCCCAAUGAACGGGAAAUUUGUAUUUCAUAAACGCCCCGACGGCACCAUUGACAAAGGUAAAGUGGUCUGCCUAGAGUGUAAGAAUGGGUUUGCUUACCACCGAAGCAGCUCAAGUUUGGCCUAUCACCUCAACGCGAAGCACCCAGCCGCGAGUGCAGCAACAGCUAGCAGUGAAGACGUUAGCAAUAUAGCAAGCCAGAGCAAAGCUUUUCGCCAAACAAAACUAGAGAAUACCCCUCGUAUGAGCAAGUCUGCGACCGACAGGCUGACUAAUGUUAUUGCCAAGUGGAUAGCGAUGAACUGUAGGCCGAUAAAUAUAGUAGAGGACGAAGGAUUGACAGAGGUGUUGCAAAUUGCGUCCAAUGACCCGUCAUACAAGCCGCCGUGCAGGACUACAGUAACGACCAAAAUCAGCAAAAUGUACGACGGCAAAAAGAAAAACAAACUUGAGAUUUUGGCGGAGGAUUCUCCCAACUGUGUUGCUAUAACCGGAGAUCACUGGACCUCAGCUGGCAACCACAGCUAUUUUGGGAAACCAGGCACUUUGCUGAUAAAUGCGCCCGAACAGUUCCUCAAGGUAGCAAAUGACUGGGGUAUUGAAAACAAGAUAUCCACCAUUGGCACAGACAGCGCAGCAAACAUGCUGGCUGCUAUGAGAGCACUUCCAUAUGAGCACAUCGCCUGCAAUGCUCACAUUCUCCAGAGGACCAUCACGGUAUGUCUCGAUAGCAGUGGUUUUGUCGGUGUACUGGCAAAGUGCCGCAAGAUUGUUGGUCAUUUUAAACAAAGCCCUGCGAGUACCACAGAACUUAACCAACAACAAGUAGCACUCGGAAAGAAGAGCGAUCAACUUAUACAGGAUGUACCCACCAGGUGGAACUCGACUCUCGCAAUGGUCUCACGCCUCCUAUGUAACCGAGAGGCUGUCCAGGCUACGUUGGACCAACAGAACCACAGGUUGGUCUUGCCAACCGAAGCUGAGUGGGCGAAACUGCAGAGGCUGGAGCUCCUGCUUGAACCAUGCAAGUAUGUGACAGAGCUGCUGGGUGGUGAGGCCUACGUCUCUUGCUCUGUAGUGCUGCCUGCUUUUCGCCAUCUGUACCGUGUCAUGGACAUUACUGAUGAUGAUCCUGCCUACGUGGUGAAGUUCAAGAAUGCCUUCCAGAAGGAUCUGGCAGCACGACGAGCUAAUGGCAACGAGAUAUGGUUCGAGGUGGCCACAGCAUUGGAUCCACGGUUUAAGGAUUUGAAAUGUCUUCCAAGAGAAAAGAGGAACAGGUAG